UGAGGUCCCAAUAUACACCAGUCAUGUACUUGAGGAUUCAACCACAUCAUCGGAAUCUGACAACCCUACCAAACAGCCUACAGAAUUCACAACAGAGGAGAUCGGAUGGUCUACCCACCAACCCCGAGUGACUCAACCACCCCUCUUGCCAUCAAUGGACUGCUCCGAUUCUGGCAUGACGGUCUUCAUCCCCCGCUCUGUGAUUGGCGAUGCCCUGUCGUCUCAUUUGCAUUUUCUUGACCCGGCGUGCGUCGGUAGUCAUCAUAACACCAGCCACGUUAAGAUUGCAACAACUUACGACCGAUGUGGAACUUUCAUGGAGGUUCAUGGAGACAGUGUGAUUUUUUUCAACGUCAUUCACGAUGAGGCUGUCCCUGUCGAACCAGGCAGUGUUAUAACCCGAGACCGAGAUAUCGAGAUUCCAGUACAGUGCAUCAUAGAUUUGGAAGGGUUCGCUGAAAUAAGUUUCCGUCCGGAUACCUCUAAGAUCACAUUCCGCGAGGAUGGCUUCGGCUCCUUCAACUUCUCCCUCAGACUUUACCAUGGCAACGAUUACACCACGCCCUACCAGCCUGCUGACUACCCCGUCCACGUCGCGAUGGGAAACAAACUCUACUUCGAGGCUCGAACUUGGAGUGAGCCUGGACUGGAGCUGUUUGUGCAGACGUGUCGUGCCACGCCUUCCUCCAACUCGGAUGAUUUUCAUCGUUACACUUUCAUCCAAGAUGGGUGCGUUGAGGACAACACAGUGGUGUUCCAUCCAUCAGACGACCCGGACAUAGAACGUUUUGAGAUUGAUGCCUUUGCAUUCGUAGAUGCCCUACCUCAGCCUGUGGUGUACGUCCAUUGUGACAUGGUUCUGUGUAACUCCACUGAUGCAUCCUCGCGCUGUGCCAUUGGAUGUCCCACUAGAAGCAUGAACUUACUCCCCGGUGUGCACAGACGCCAUGCCAGAUCUGCGUCUGGUUCCCGCGCAUAUGCCAUCACGCAGGGACCCAUAUCUGUGCUGGAAGAUGGGGGGAAAGAAGGAAGUGAGAUGUCGUCUGUUCAGCUGCCAAUCCUUCUGACUACUGUCUGCCUAUUGGUUGGCUGCGUGCUGGUACUUGGCACACUGAUUGUUGUGAUGCGUAAACGCAACCAACGCCUUCAAUUGUACUCGCCACUGGCCACUGAAGAAAACUAGACACAGGAACUGUCUACUAGUCUUAGUUCAUAAAAGAUUUAAGAGAAAUUGAGAACAAUUAAAGUAAAAAUCUUUUAUGCUGAUAGGCAUGGAUGAUAUUUAAUAGAAAUUGAUUUAAUGAAGUAAAAUUAAGUUGUCUUAAAUUUUAAUAGCUGUCGUAUUCCAAUAAAAGUAACUGGCUAACUAGAUUAGUAAUCACAUAUUUUUCUUCAAGCUCAUAUGGCAAAACUAAUCAGUAACUAAAUUUUUUUUUUAUUUAGCUUUUUCCCCAUUUUUAUUCUUAUUGAGAACAGUUAAAGUAAAAAUUUAUUUUUCUGAUAGGCAUGGAUGAUAUUCAAUAGAAAUUGAUUUAAUGCAGUAAAAUUAAGUUGUCUUAAAUUUUAAUAGCUGUCGUGUUCCUAUCAAAGUAACUGGCUAAGUAGAGUAGUAAUCACAUAUUUUUUCUUCAAGCUCAUUAGGCAAAACUAAUCAGUGACUAAAUUUCUUUUUUAUUUAGCUUUUUCCCCAUUUUUAUUCUUAUUAGCAGUAGGAAAUUGCUAAUUACCCGGAAAUUAAAACAAAUGCCCUGCCGAUUCGAUGAGAAAAAAAGUAGCUCAAUUUGGUGCAUUGAGUGGCCAACGAUUUUUUAACACCCUCUUAUGAAAAUGAAUGAAAUUUUUGCAUU